AUGCAAGGACUAGAAGUGACAAAGGUAGGCUCAACUGUCCAGACUGAUGGGGAUUACAGCAAAGAAGCGAAGAAGAGGGUGCAGGCAGGGUGGAACGGUAGGAGAAAAGUGUCAGGAGUGAUCUGUGACAAAAAGAUAUUGGCCAGAAUGAAAGGAAAAAUUUAUAAGACAGUGGUGAGGCCGGCAAUUUUAUAUGGACUGGAAACGGUACCACUGACGAAAAGGCAGGGAGCAGAGCUAGAGACUGCUGAGCUCAAGAUAUUGAGAUUUUCUCUGGGAGUGACGAGAAAAGAUAGGCUUAAAAACAACUACUUAAGGGGGACAGCUAAAUUUGGACGCUUAAAAGGAAAAGUAAGAGAGGCCAUGUUCUGCGAAGUGACGUGUAGUGGAAUGGCAGAAGAAUGUUGA